CUGCUCUGAACUGUCUUUGCAAUGCCCAUCUCCGUGUCCAAAAAAGCAUCCGCGAACGUUUCUGCUCUCCAACAUGUAAAGCAUGGCGUGCACCACCGUGACAUAUUUGGCAAUGAAGACGACGGACUCCCUUUAACUUCCGGUAUAAUGACAGUUACCAAGCACGACAGUGGAGGGACGACUUUCAAGACACCAUGUCUCUCACAUAUCAUUGUCACGGAGGGUGAGAUAUCCGUUGAAGAUGCUGCCAAACCUGGAGACAUCUCAGUCUUGGAGCCUGGCGACGUUAUACGCGUCGACAAAGGCACGACUAUCACCUGGUCCUCCCCAACUUCGGGAAAAGCAUUUUACGUUGGCCAAUAUCAAUUCGGGAGUGACCAGAAGAAGAAUACUGUUUAAACGGCCCAGCUCAUGUUUUCUCUUUCUGUGAUUCUGUGUGCUAUUCGCUAGCCAUGAACUUCAUAUGCACUUGAAAUAUGAUUCCUAUCGCCAUGAA